CAAUCCCAACAGCAGUGCGAGGCUGAGAGGCUUCCGUAGUAGCUCACACCUGGACUGUUCAGCAUACUUUGACUCUGUAGGUUCAUCAUGGAGGCCCAGCGGUACCCCAUCAGUGUCCGUUUAAUCGGAGUGAUGCACAAGGAGAAGAACAAAAUGUACAUGACCUCCGUGCUGUGGUCGGAUCAGAAUGACAUUGUAGUCUACAGGACUUUUGAUGAAUUCAAGAAAAUGCACAAACAAUUGAAGAAAACAUUCCCAGCCGCAAGUAAAACCAAGAAGUCCGACAGAAUCAUCCCCAAAUUUGGAGACAAAAAGGUGAAGCAGGGCGGAAAGAAGAAAAGUCCCACCAAGUCUCUAGUGCGCCUCAAAGUCCUGCAGAAAUACUGUGACAAGCUUCUGAGCUGCGACGCACAGGUGUGUCAGUCUGCAGACCUCAUCCAGUUCUUCCACCCCAAAGACCAGGACCUGCAGCCUGAUAUCGCCAAGAACAGCAUCGUCAUCAUGCCAACAGACGAUGAAACCACAACCAGUUCAGGACAGGUUGGUGGCGGUAACGUGACCCAGCCGUUUGUCACAGAGACGUACAGAUGCGUGGCCCCGUACGAGACCAAAGACACCAAGAACAAGCCUUUCAAAGUGGCACUGGACGAAAAAGUAGACGUGCUCAUCAAAGACAAAGCAGGGUGGUGGCUUGUGGAGAAUGAAGACAAGCGGAUGGCCUGGUUCCCUGCUCCCUACCUGGAGAAGCUAGAGGAUGAUGACGACGAGGACGAAGAUGACAUAGAUGGGACUCCUGAAAGAGGAAUGCUGUACACUGCAAUCAGGAGCUACAAGCGCACCAAAGAUGAUGAGAUAACAGUCGCCAUUGGUGCUGUGGUGGAGAGCCUGCAGAAGUCUGACAACGGCUGGUGGCUCAUCAGAUACAAUGGCAAGGUGGGUUACAUCCCCUCCAUGUACCUGCAGCCCUACAGCUACCCUCAGAUCCGCAUGACAGGCCACCAUUCAGACCUCCGGGCCUCCUCCCCAAACCAAUUCCUGAGCCUCGAGCAGCAGUCCAACCAGCUCAGCCUCUCACAAGGAAACAUACUGCAGCUUCCGCCUGCCAGGUCCCCGUCCCCUUCACCCCGCUCCCUUUCCCCUUCACCCCGCUCCCCUUCCCCUUCACCCCGCUACCCUCAACAGUACAGGAAUCAGAGAUCACUCUCUCUUGAAAUCCCGUCUGAUCGACCCGCCCCUCCGCCUCCAGCUAGAACCGCUGCUAGACCUACCAGCGCCAACACCUCACCCACGUCUGCAGCCCAAGUCCCUCUGCCCACAAUCAUGGUGGAGAUGGACGAAGAAAGGGAGCAGCGUGGCCACCUCCUGAGAGCAGACAGCGAGGGGAGCCUUAUGAGCGACAGCACUGACUUCAGCGAUGACCUCAACUCCUCCUGGGCGAGCUCCUCAUCCUUCAACCUGAGCCUGAGCUACAACGAGGAUCAGCAUCGUCUCAGCCGUACGCCUGAGCCUACUGGGAGCCACAGCCUCAGCCCGACAACUGCCUUCGAGGGGAAACUGAUGCCCAGCGUCUCUGAUCCCAACCUCUACAAGAGCCCGUCAACACCCAAGGUGCCACCCAGGCCGCGGGCACAGGAGAUCCUCACCCGGUGUUCCACUAUCACCCGCAAGAACGCAAGCAAAGGCAGCCUGUCACCCACACAGACUGAAGUACUGAGUCGAUAGAGUUUGUGUUGCUAUUAGCUUUAUUAACUAUUCUGUCGCCCAAGGAUGGAGUUCGAAUAAUUUUACCUGCUACUAAACGUCGACUUUGAAAAUACAAAAUGCAGAGACUGUUCAGAGAGGUAGCUGUGUGUAAAGAGUUGCAGAGUCAUUUCUUUAUAAUGAAGAAUUAAGAUGAACUGCGCCAGAUGCAAUGAGGUGACUGUUGGAGUUUUUCUAUUGAAGUUUUUCAAUAGAAGUUUUUCUAUGGAGUUUUUCUAUUGAAGUUGUAUUAAUAGAAAUGUGACUUGUUAAUGUUUGCAUCUUUCAAGAGAGACUGCCAACAAGUUGCACAACAUGUAUAGUGUUCAAAGACCUUCAGCAAAAUCAGCCAAUAUACAUAUAUGUGUAUGAUUAAUCACAAAGCACAUCCAGUCUAACUGUUUCGAAUGAUUAUUUAUUUUCCAUACUGGAAACCUUUUGUUGUGCCUUAUAUGCAUGUUAACUGUAAUGGGUGCACAGACCGAAAGAGAUUGAUUUGUUUUCGUGACUCCUGUGAAAGUAAAUGUUUGACAUACCAGAGUGUGCGGGACUUUCUAUUUCCUGGUGAAGCAAGUUGAAGAAUGGGUUUUGUAUAAAUAGCAGGAGCCUGAUUAUGUAAAUUCUGACUGUAUUCACGUAACUGAAGAGCUUGGAACGAAUAAAAGCAUUUUUGGGGACACUUGAUGUCGUCUUCAAAUGUCUUGUUUUAAGAAAGAGUUGUUUUUUUUAGAGUUGUAUGCCUCGGCCAACCAGACAAGUUGCAGUUUACAUCCAUAUCUGUCCAGACUCAUUAAAUAAAUAUAGUGAAGAAUUUAAAGAAAUGUAAUAA